AUGAAUGAAGCGACCCUUGGUCAACUCCUGAGACAAAAUGCUUUACGUCACAAUCGCCCAAGCAUUGCGUCCAUCCUGCCUGUGACAACUGCGCGAGACGUCUCUUUUGGUAGCUUGCCGGUUUUCUGCCUCUACAGCGCAUUGAACAUCCUUAUCCACCAUGCGCAUGUUACCAUCCAUGACUGGAUGCUACCAUUGGGCAAGAACAUCAUCCGAACCCUCUUCCAUGGUGUACCAGAAUCGGUUGUGGGCAAAUUCGUUGACACAGCGCUCGUCACCGCCGCUGGUGAGAUGGGAAUGAUGCGUCUGCGAGCCUGCAGCUUGAGCAUUGCAUUUAUGCGAAAGGCUCCCUUCUGCUUUUACAGGCCCCUGCCCAAGAUGAGUUCUUCGCCUUUGAUCUUUGGUGCCGGCGCUCGGUACUCACUGAUGCAGACCCUACACCUCCCGAUGGAUGCACUCAUCGAGCUCCGUUGCCCGUUGAUGUUUCGCCAUCGGUCGUGUCUAUCAGCUAGGGCCAGGGUCACGAGUCUCAACCGCAUCAUUAUAUCCCGCGUGGAUGACACCUGUGAGCCUAGCCACCAAGCCGACCGAAUUUGCGUCUCUUUCUCAUCAUGA